AUGAUUGAUCCCUCCGCUUUUUGUUUCGAACCCUCCCCAUCCAAAUCCCCUUCCCCCCCCCCGCCUUACGUGCCUCGACUCCACUCUCCCCCACCUCCACCCUCCAUCGAUCCCCAGCCCGUGUCCUUUUCACCCCUCUUCUCCAUCUUCUUCCCUCUCCCUCUCUCCCUCCUCGUCAUCUUCUCAUUUGCUUCGAGUCCGUCCAUGGCUGGGGCGGCGGCGACGGAGGGUGUACGCGCCGGGGCAGAGGGCGAAGGCGGCGGCGCAGGCGUGGCGCGCGGUGGUGGGGUGGAUGGGGUUUUGUCCAGAUCCUGCUCAAUCUGCGGGGCGACGCCUCGUUGGCGCAGAAUCAUAUUUGUGCAGGUAGUGCUUGACUUGGAUGAAACUCUAGUAUGCGCAUAUGAAACAUCUAGCCUACCUUCUAUUGUACGUAGUCAGGCUAUUGAAGCAGGUUUAAAGUGCUUUGAGCUUGAGUGCAUAUCUACAGAUAGGGAAGUUGAAGGAAAACAAAAGGUGAAUCAUGUCACUGUUUUUGAACGCCCUGGUUUGCAUGAGUUCUUGCGACAGACCAGUGAAUUUGCAGAUCUUGUUCUUUUUACUGCUGGUUUAGAAGGAUAUGCUAGACCACUUGUGGAUAGAAUAGAUGUUGAUAGUAAAUUUAGUCUUCGCCUUUAUCGCCCUGCAACUGUUACCACGGAAUACCGAGAACAUGUCAAAGAUCUCUCUUGCUUGUCAAAGGAUCUCUGUAGGUGUGUCAUUGUUGAUAACAAUCCAUUCAGUUUCUUGCUGCAGCCGUCGAACGGAAUACCAUGUGUUCCAUUUUCUGCCGGGCAGCCUUAUGAUGAGCAGCUCAUGGGGGUUAUCCUUCCACUUCUUAAGCAUCUCUCUCUUCAGAAAGAUGUUAGGCAUGUAUUAUAUGAGAGAUUCCAUAUGCCCGAGUGGUUCCAAAAACAUGGGAUCCCGCCAUCUGAUCAGAUUCCAUGAGUUUUUGAAGAUCACAUGCAGUGCUGUAUAGGAGCAAUGGUUGGCUCAGGUGCCCUAAUUUGCCCUAAUUCCUUUCGAGGAAGGUUUGUACAUUAUUUAAUUGUUAGGUGCGAUAAUUUAAGUCGAACGUUGGUUGAUCUCGUCAACACGAACUCUGCUAUAUCUGCAAGUGUAAUUUACAUAGACAUCGUCAGAAUUGUGUUUUUCGGGCAGAAAAAAUUGGUUUUGAUUUGUUGUUGUAAUUGUUGUAUAGUUGUAAUAUUCCUAUCGACGGUCGAAAGCAAGUUAAUGGACAUUAUAACCAGUCCAAAAAAAGAAGAAAAUAUUGAAGAUUCAUUAUGUCAUAA